CUUCGCCAGGAGAAAGGAGUAAGGAGAACUUUAAAUCUUUCGAUUUCUCUCCCUUAAACCCUAACAAUUCGAUCUCUGUCUGCAAAAUCCCCUUAUCCGAUUCUUCCUUAAGUUAUGAUCUUCGGUUUUUUCUGUUGGUCGACAGGUGGAGAUCUCUGAACCAAUCUGCUUAACUUUCAGAGAAUAAAUAAGGAUUUUGGUUCAAGGGAUCGAGAUCGAGUUGUGAUUCACCUUCCAUGGCGUCUCCUGUACCCUCCGGGGUACCCAGGCCCGGCAACGCUCCUCCUCCGCCGCCUAAUUACAACCCCAAUGUGCAGAGAGCUCCUGCUGAUUCUAUAGCUGAUGGCAUGCAGAACUUGCAAAUCAAUCGACCCCCUUCAAUGCCCAAUCAACCUGUUCCUGGGCCACCACCCCCAUUUGCGCCUUCACCAUUCGCUGCUACUUCUGCAUCUUCUGCUCCUUCUUCAGCUCCAUUUUCUGGUUAUGCACCUGUUUCACGCUCUGGCCCUCCUGCUGGGUUCACAAGAGCAGGGCCUCCUCCAACAGGUCCUCCCAAUGCUGCUGCCUCUUUAAGGCCUUCAGGCGCUCCUCCACCUUUCGGCUCCAGGCCACCUCCACCUGGUGCCUUACCUUCCUCCCCAUUGAUGACUGGCCCAGUUGUGCCGCCUUCGAAUCCAUCAAGUGUACCGGGUCCAAUGAGUAAUGGGCCACCGGCGUUUGCUUCGGGGCCUCCUCGUUUCCCUCUCAGUGGUAGUGUUCAGCAGCCACCAGUCGGACCUCCUCCGGUGUCGGACAGAAUGCUACAAGCUCCUCCAACCAUUCGUCCCUUCCCUGUCGGUCCUGCAGGGAGUUUUUCACAUGGUCCGCCCUCUCAACCCGUGCCGCCAUUACCACGUUUUCCGGCAGCAAGUGCUACACCACGUGCCACUCCCCAGCCACUUCAUCCAUUUUCAUCUGCAAGUCAACCUUCAGUGCCUCCAUAUGGGGCUCAGACGUGGCAGAUGCAACAUCGGCAGGUGACUCCACCAAUUCCUGGUGCUCAACCACCAAGCAUGUUUGAAAUGCCACCUCCUCCGAAUCAACCUAUGUCUGCUGGCCCUACUUCUAUGUCCCAUCUUCCAUUACCUGGUUCUCCUGCGGCUGGACCAUCGAAAAUUGAUCCCAAUCAAAUCCCACGCCCUGUCCCAAGUUCCUCGGUGAUACUGUUCGAAACUCGUCAGGUCAAUCAAGCCAACCUACCUCCGCCUGCUACGAGUGAUUACAUUGUCAAAGACACUGGGAACUGUAGUCCACGUUUAAUGAGGUGUACUAUUAAUCAGAUUCCAUGUAGUGGUGACCUUUUGACAACAUCAGGCAUGCAGCUGGCUUUGAUGGUUCAACCUUUGGCCCUUCCUCAUCCGUCUGAAGAGCCCAUACAAGUUAUUGAUUUUGGGGAUAGUGGACCUGUUCGAUGUUCUCGUUGCAAAGGGUACAUAAAUCCUUUCAUGAAAUUCAUUGAUCAAGGAAGGCGUUUCAUUUGCAACUUAUGUGGCUUUACUGAUGAGACACCUCGUGAGUACCACUGCAAUUUGGGACCAGAUGGUAGGCGUAGAGAUGCCGAUGAGAGGCCUGAGUUAUGUAGGGGUACUGUUGAAUUUGUUGCAACAAAGGAAUACUUGGUUCGGGAUCCAAUGCCUGCUGUAUUUUUCUUCCUUAUUGAUGUAUCCAUGAAUGCUAUACAGACUGGUGCAACCGCAGCUGCAUGCAGCGCAAUCAACCAAGUUAUUGCAGACCUUCCUGAAGGUCCUCGGACAUUUGUGGGUAUUGCAACAUAUGACUCGACGAUUCAUUUUUACAAUUUGAAACGUGCAUUACAGCAGCCUUUGAUGCUCAUAGUUCCUGAUGUCCAAGAUGUCUACACUCCUCUUCAGACUGACGUCAUUGUUCAACUUUCUGAGUGCCGUCAACAUCUGGUGCAAUUGCUGGAGAAUAUUCCAACCAUGUUUCAAAGUAACAAAGUUUCUGAUUCAGCAUUUGGUGCAGCAGUCCAGGCUGCUUUUCUGGCAAUGAAGACAACUGGAGGGAAACUUCUUGUAUUUCAGUCAGUACUGCCCUCAGUUGGCAUCGGAGCUCUUUUUGCUAGGGAAGCUGAAGGAAGGACUAACAUCUCUGCUGGGGAGAAGGAGGCCCAUAAAAUGCUCCAACCGGCUGACAAGAAUCUGAAGACAAUGGCAAUAGAAUUUGCCGAGUAUCAAGUUUGUGUUGACGUCUUCAUUACCACCCAGAGUUAUGUAGAUAUUGCUUCCAUCUCUGUUGUCCCGAAAAUUACUGGAGGACAGAUAUAUUAUUACUACCCUUUUUCAGUCCUUUCUGAUUCUGCCAAGCUUUACAAUGAUCUUAGAUGGAAUGUCACAAGACCUCAAGGUUUUGAGGCAGUGAUGCGUGUACGUUGUAGCCAGGGUCUCCAAGUUCAAGAAUACUCUGGAAACUACUGUAAACGUAUUCCCACCGAUGUGGAUCUUCCUGGGAUUGACAGUGACAAAACUAUUAUGGUCACCUUAAAACAUGAUGAUAAAUUCCAGGAGGGAUCUGAGUGUUCUUUUCAGUGCGCCCUUCUCUACACAACUGUAUAUGGCCAAAGAAGAAUCCGAGUGACUACUUUAUCACUUCCAUGCACAACGGUGCUCAGUAAUCUGUUUCGGUCUGCUGAUCUGGAUACUCAGUUUGCAUGUUUCUUGAAGCAUGCGGCCAGUGAAAUACCUACCAGCCCACUUUCACAAAUCCGAGAACAGAUUACAAACUUCUGCAUAAGCAUUCUGCAUUCAUAUCGUAAGCAUUGUGCUACAGUAUCAUCCUCUGGACAACUGAUUCUUCCUGAGGCGCUUAAGCUUUUGCCGCUCUAUACCCUUGCAUUGGUUAAAAGUAUAGGAUUGCGAACUGAUGGACGAUUAGAUGAACGUUCCUAUUGGAUCAGUCGUGUUUCCUCUAUUUCUACUCCUUUGGCGGUUCCUUUCGUUUGUCCAAGAUUGAUUGCUAUUCAUGACCUUAUUUCAAAGCAGGAGACUGAUGGAUCUCUCAUACCCCCUUCAAAGCCACUUUUCAGUGAGAAUAUAAUUGAUGAUGGAAUAUUUCUCCUAGAGAAUGGUGAAGAUUGUUUGAUUUAUGUUGGGAACUCAGUCAAUUCAGAUAUUCUGCAGCAAAUAUUUGGAAUUUCAUCUGUCGAUGAAAUACCUGCCCAGUUUGUGCUGCAGCAAUAUGACAAUCCAUUAUCAAAGAAAGUAAAUGAAGUAGUUAACGAGAUAAGACGUCAAAGAUGUUCUUACCUCCGCCUAAGAUUGUGCAAGAAAGCAGAUCCUUCAGGGAUGCUGUUCUUUUCAUACAUGGUUGAAGAUAAGACUCCAAGCGGGCUGUCUUAUGUUGAGUUCCUUGUACAUAUCCAUCGGCAAAUCCAAACUAAAAUGGUGUGAACCAGCAGUUUUGUUGACUUCUGCCUCAAGAAUACUUAAAUUGCUGCAGUGGAGAAGAGCAGAAAAAAAGCAUUAGAUCCGUGCUUAUAAAUGGCACUUGGAGAAGCCGAUUGAUUCCUCCCGAAGGCAUGUGCAGUUGAAUUGCCAUUGGAGUUUUGCCCUAUUCAUCUAAUAUAUUCAACACAUAGGUAGUAAUAAAUAUUAAGUGUAGCUUUUGCUAUCAUUGUUGUCUUUGCCAUUAGUUUUUGCUUUUCUUCCUUGGCUUCUUUUUUUACCCCAUCCCUCCUGUAAAACUAAGGACUGUAUGAUAAAUGCAGAAAUAUGUUUCUUAGUCAAUUAAUCAUUUUUCAUCCUAA